CAAGCGAUGCCCUCAGAGCUCAGUAAAAAUUAUGCCUUUGUGCAGAAUACUACUAAGCAAAUAAAAGCGAAAGGAGUUAAAAACCAACAUAAAGUGAAAUUUUCAAAACGUUCUGUUUGAGAACUGAAGUAACUCAAACAAAUCAAGUGCAAAGAUUAAGAUAGUUUUUAAGCAAGGAACAAAGCUGAAUAGCGAAAAGCAGGGAACCACCAAGAUGCCUAACCAAUUCCCAAUUAAGCCACCGGCACAGAUGCCCUGCGCGCACUGGAACCACUUUCCCAUUCAUCCACAAAGGCAAGUUACAUUCAGCAGCAGCAGCGGCAGAUGCAAUGGCUCAAACGGCCCAUCAUCGCCGCCACCAUCACCCAGCUCUUACUCGUAUUGCAGUGCCUGUGAUGCCAUGCAAAAACGGCAUACAUGAACUAUAACCUAUUUUCUAAGCCUGGGCGGAACACAACAAAUACAGACAUUAAAGUCAAUAGUUAUGUUGCGAAAGCAGUUCGUGGUUUGUAAUUGGAAGAGUUGAUUGCGGCAGACAAGAGCCAACAAUCGCCCGAAAUGAAGAGCGCAUAAGUACGCAACCAAGAAGCAGUUGAAAAGCCCAACGAUUUCA